AUGGCCAUCUACACAAGAUUCAUAACUACGUCUCUCCAUCUCCGACUUGAAAAGCUAUCCAGCAGGCCAAAAGUCCUCACCUCUUACAAGUUCAAUCAGUGCAAACCUAUCAUAACUCUCGAUUACAAAUUAAAGCUGAAAUCGAGGUUCAGACUCUUAACCCCACAAACUAAACGACGCAGGCCUGAAUCUAACAAGCCCAUAAAUUCGAGAAAUUCUACUGUAACAAAAGUUCAUCUCAAGGUAAUCCUAGGAAACGAAACAUUAACCGAGUGCUAUGCGACGUCCACCUCUGCGAUACAACCAAAUACCGUAAUUCGCGUCCAUACGGAAGAGGAGAGAGAGAAAAACCGUUCCAUGCUCAAACUACAGAAGACUCUUUGUCAAAAAUGUGAUAUUUGUGCAUUGGUGAAGGAUACGCUAGGACCAAGGAACGAGCUCGAGUUACCAUUUGGGAUGUCUUAUUGGGGAUUGUUGUGUUAUCCGCUUGCAUGCAAAUUGAUUGCUUUGGCAAGAUACUCGGAUGGUGAAAGAGUAACUCCUCGGGUUGAAGGAUGUUGGUGGAUUAAGAAAACAAUCAAGGAGCAAGGCGUGUUGCGGGAAUGCCAUGAAUAUGAGUUUUCGAGUGGGGAGUAUGAAGGUCCCCUUAAGGCAGAAGAUGAAUUCGGACUCAAAUUGGGAGAGGGUAUGGUCAUGGGCUAUGACUAUCAGGGACAAGCAAAUGUGGGAGGUGGAAUUUCGAAAAAUCGAUUGGGGUACGAGAUGUUGGAAAUCUAA